GGAGCGAGAGAGCGAUCGAGAGAGAGAGUUGGAGAGAAAAGGAGUAAAAAAAGCAGCAGCACUUGGGUUUGCCAGCGGUCCUGCGAGCUCGUCCAACAUUGAUUCGGUUCUCUUUUUUUUCUUCCUGCCCGUAUUCUGUGCUUUGCAUUAGCCAGCUCCCCCCACCCGCCCCCCUUCGUGGCAGGAGUGUGCAUGCAUGUGCGCGCGUGUGCCUGCGUUAUGUGUGUGAGUUUUUGGCCGAAUCCAAAGAUCUAAGAAAACUCUCUUUGCGCUUUGCCAAGGAUUUUUUUUAUUUAUUUAUUUUUGCUUGCAUUGUUUAGAUUUUUAGUAGUAUUAUUAUUAUUUGGAAGGCAAAAGCAUUUAUUUUGAGUGCUGCUGCUUUUCUAUCUUUUUUUUUUUUCUUUUUCUUUUUUAAUUGGAUACACCCCUUCAUUUAAUUUUUUUUUAGGAGCAAUUUUACCUGGAAACGCAUAAGAAAAUUCCUGUUCUUUAAUUUUUUUUUGAAAACUUCUUUCUGCUGGCAAUUGAAGCAUCUCCAGUCUUCUUUCCUUUUUAUCCAAGCUUCCUCUUUUUUUUUUUUGGUCGGCAAUUCUUCAUCUUUGCCAAGCCAGCAGUUGUUGUUUCGGCGUGAGUGGCAAAGAACUGGUGCGGGUGGAUUCCCCCCCACCUCAUCCUGAACGGCGUGCCAAAUUUAUGAUGAGAGUGCAAAAUGGAUGAAUUUCAUCCCUUCAUCGAGGCUUUGCUGCCACACGUCCGUGCGUUCUCCUACACCUGGUUCAACCUCCAGGCCCGCAAGCGCAAGUACUUCAAGAAGCACGAGAAGCGCAUGACGAAGGACGAGGAGCGCGCCGUCAAAGACGAACUCCUGGGCGAGAAGCCCGAGAUCAAGCAGAAGUGGGCGUCCCGUCUGCUCGCCAAGCUCCGCAAAGACAUCCGGCCGGAGUUCCGCGAGGACUUCGUGCUCACCAUCACGGGGAAGAAGCCGCCGUGCUGCGUGCUGUCCAACCCCGACCAGAAGGGCAAGAUCCGCCGCAUCGACUGCCUGAGGCAGGCGGACAAGGUCUGGCGUCUGGACCUGGUGAUGGUUAUCCUGUUCAAGGGAAGUCCUCUGGAGAGCACAGACGGAGAGAGGCUGAUCAAGUCACCGCAGUGCUCCAACCACGGCCUCUGCGUGCAGCCGCACCACAUCGGAGUGUCCGUGAAAGAACUGGACCUGUAUCUGGCCUACUUUGUCCACACGCCAGAAUCUGGACAGUCGGAUAACUCCAACCAACAAGGAGAAGCAGACAUCAAGCCUCCGCCCAAUGGGCACUUGAGUUUCCAGGACUGCUUCGUGACGUCAGGCGUAUGGAACGUGGCGGAGUUGGUCCGUGUGUCACAGACACCAGUUGCCACAGCAACCGGACCCAACUUCUCUCUGGCCGACCUCGACAGUCCAGGAUAUUACAACAUCAACCUGGGUCGCCGCUCUAUUACGUCUACGCCAUCGACCAGGACUGAGAUGGAGUUGUAUGCCUGUCUCCCGCGGAGCUCCAACAAGCGUAAAUCCAUUGAUGACAGUGAGAUGGAGAGCCCAGUGGACGAUGUCUUCUAUUCGGGCCGUUCUCCUGCCCCGGGAGCAUCCCAGCCCAGCGGCUGGCCCAAUGAUGUUGAUGCAGUGCAGCACCAUUUGGCCAGUAUGCAGGAGAGGAAGAUAAAACACGAAAACGAUGGCGUGCAGUUUCCUUACCAUGGACUCUCGUCGCCUGGUUCUCUUAAGAAGUCGGGGAAAUUCGAUUUCAGCGCUCUGUCCAGCCAUACGAGGUCUGCACGCAUGCCGUUCACCCAUCACCCGCUGCCCAUGCUGGCAGGUGUGAGACCAGCAGGAAGUCCCCGUGCCUCAGCUUCCUCCCUGCACUUCCCCUCACCCUCCAUCAUACAGCAGUCCAGCCCAUACUUCACCCAUCCCACCAUCCGAUACCACCACCACCCGGGACAGGACCCGCUCAAGGAGUUUGUGCAGUUUGUGUGCUCCGACGGAUCAGGCCAGGCUAGUGGUCAGCCGAACGGGAGCGGCCAGAGCAAAAUGCCGGGCUCCUUCUUGCUGCCUCCACCCCCCCCUGUGGCGCGUCCAGUGCCCCUCCCAAUGCCAGACUCUAAACCCAGCAGCACGCCCCCCGACGGCGGACUCACCUCACCCACAUCUCCUUCAUACUCCUCGCCAGGCUCCACAGCUCCCAACAGGUUUGUCAGCAUCGGAUCACGGGACAACAACUUUCUGAACAUACCCCAGCAGACGCAGUCAUGGUUCCUUUGACGAGGUCCUGCCUGCAACCUGUCAACACUAUUUGGAAGUUUUAUUACAAAAAAAAAAUGUCAAAUAAAAUCCUGUUUAAAAAUCCCCUCCAAGCCGAAACGCACCCUGAGAAACGUGAGCAGCAUAUGAUUGGGAAACGUUCGACCCUGUGUUUGCCAGCCGUCAGACGCCCCUCAAGCCCUCUCCGAUAAAGACUAUCAGAUCACAGCAGGAGCAGAAGAACCCCAGGAACACAGACCGAAAAUGUUAUUGGAACAAGGAUGUAGUGUACAAUGGCUGGGAUUACCAACAGUUUCAGUGGUGAGGAUUCAGACACAACAAAAACGCAAGAUUUUGACCAAUUCAACUUCAGUUUCUUUUCUUUUCUAAACACUCGCUGAUGUUCAGCAUACAGGCGACACUAAAUGUCAUUUCACAUCAUGAGAGCCCAGGACGUUUAGCAUUUUUAGCUGAUUAACAUGCAGUAGAAACGUCUUUUUUUCCCUUUUGUGGUCAAUUACUAAACUAACUACAAAGUAUUGCACUACAGUAAUGCGAAGAACACUAGUUUGAUGUGCACUAUUGAAAAUAGGAUCGACGGUGGACAUUAUUUGCACAUUUUAUUGAGGAGAAAAACUAACUGGCACCCUAAAGCUACCCAGAGACCCAUUCUCAUUUUCAGGCCUCAAACUGAUUAAACAAAAGUCAAUUUCAGGCACUUAGUGCCAACCAGCCAGCAGCAGAUUUUAGUUAGUACUUCUAUUGGACGAAUAAAGCCAGCCAGCACACACUUAAUCACGGUCACGGUAAUGAAAUUUUGUGAGCAAAAUUUAUUUUUGUGUGACCGUCUUGAACUUGAUGCAAAACUAAAUUUUUCAUUUCACCUGAAAUUUCUGAUUGCAUGGAUUCUUAUUAAAGGGACAGUUCAUCCAAAAAUGAAAUUCUUCCAUCAUUUACUCAUCCUCAAGUUGUUCCAAACCUGAACGAGUUUCUUUCCUCUGUUGAACACAAAAGAAGAUCUUUUGAAAAAUGUGAGUAACCAAAGAGUUGAUGGUAGCCAUUGACUUACAUAGUAUUUUUUUCCAUAUCAUGGAAGCCAGUGGCUACCACCAACUCAUUUUGGGGUGAAUUGUCUCUUUAAAAUGUCAGUGAAGUUUUGCAACUUUAAAAUUGUUUAUUGAAAAAAAAAAAAGUCCCAGAUAAUGUCUAAAAUAUCUUUUAAAUUGUUUUGUAUUUAAUUAUUUUUAUUUUUUUGUCAAAUGCACAAAUCACCGAAUAUGCUGGUGAAUAUAGCGAAUUAUUAGACCAUCUUGAACCUAAUUUGAAAUCUGCUGAUAGUGAAAUUCCCAUUCAAGUGGAAUCAUAAUAAAAUGACUAGACCCCCGGCCCCCAACCAACCAAACUAAAUUUGUAUAAAUGUGACCGCACCUUUGUAGCCAUGUGACAGUUACAAUUUUUUUAUUGUUUGUUUAAUGAAAAAAAGUCCCAGAUAAUCAUUGCAUUCUUUUAUUUCAAACUCAGUUCCUUUUUAAAAUUAAAGCCAUAUGUUUGAACUUCGUUUUAAAUAGUUUGUUAAAAAAAUCUUAAGUAAACUUUUAAUUAGAAGUAUAAAACUUUUUUUUUUAUAUAACAAAGUAUUUUCUAGUGAUUUUUAACGUGCCCCAGCUAGUAAUUCUGUUAUGUAUAAUGGUUGUGAUUGUAGCGAGACAUAAUAAAAGUCCCUGAUUUAUUAGCACUAAUAAAAACGGCCCUAGAGACACGCCCACUUCUGUGUUUUGUUUACGUUCCCGUUUACACUCCCAGAAGUCUGUGUUCCAAGAGCACGAGAUCUCGCUGCGGAGCAAAAGAAUAUGUGACAUAUCAUAGCCGUGAUCAGAAGGAGGUGGGCCGCUCGGACCGCUCUUACUAGACCAGUCACCAUUCACUUCAGUAGCAGUCUACUCUAAAUUUGGUAACACGCACUCUCCUCCACAGAUUGACUACAAAGGGAAGCCUUUACAGUGAAUUAGAGUACAUUCAUCCGCUGUUUUCAGUGCAGCUGUAUCAGUAACCUCACAAAAUAACUGGACUGCCUGACCAUGUGUAUCUCACUGCAGGGAAGCAUUGUUGCCGGAUGGCGGCCGUGUCAUCGCUUUGGUAGAAAAUUAACACGAGAAUCGUGAUGGCAAUGGUCUUUUCUUUUCUAAUCAAAGGAAGUGCCUCUGUAUUCCCAUUAUGCAAUUUGUUAAACAUGAAUUCAGGUUAUUUUCUUGCAUAUAAGCUAUAGCGGAGCGUGAAAUUUUUAUGAGAAAAAAAAACAAGCGUCAGCUCACUAGUUACAAACAUCUUUAUAUAUAUACAGGAUAUAUCCAUAUAUAUUUAUAUAUACACAUUUUCUUUCUUAUUUGCCUAAUAAGCUCAGUGGCAGUCUAGUUAUUUUUUGAAGUAUGUUUAUAAAUUCGAUAUUCGUUCAGAAGUACCAGUCCCGAAAAUCCAGUUCUGCACUUAAUAAUAAUUAGAGCAAAAAAAAUAAUCAACUGUCGGAAAUCAGAUUUCCGCUGAAUACGAUAGCGUAGUAAAAAAAAACCUAAUAAUGCAUGGCUUUUGAUUUCUUUUGUGUUUGGACAGGAAGUAUUUGUUAUUACAAAAUAAAGUGUGUUGAUUGAGCCAUGUGCAAUGCCUUGGGUAGAAACUGUGUUUGUCUCAUUGUUAGGGUGUACAGGAAAGCGUAGCGGUGAAAAUCCUUCUAUUAUAGUCAAGUCCACGCCGUCCGGGACUCUAAACUACAGGGCGGAGAGAGCGAGAGAGUUUUGGGAAUUCGUUUUGUAAUCUUUCCUUUUUUCUGCUUUUUUUUAUGUUUAUUUGUAAUGAUUUGUUCUCAAAACUUAGGAGGGCUGAAGAAGCAGUUUUUUGCAACAUGUCAGAAUAUAUCACGAAAUAAAACAGGUGCUUUUUAUGGAUCAAAGUAUGUUUGAUCUCUAUUAUACAUAAGACAGAAAAAAAGUGUUAUCACUACAAAUUUUAGAUGAAAAAACCCUUAAUUACUUUUCAUUUUUGUAUUUACUAAAGUGGGGAGGGUGUUCAUUGUGGUCAAGGUUGUGACAAAAGGCAUUUUUCCUCCGAAGCGAUCGUAUAAUGUCGACUGAUGACGUCCUAAAAAGUUUUACGACUUUUAACUAGCUAAAACACUGGAUUUGUCCGGUAUUUUGGACUUCAUGCUAUGCAUUCCAUAUAUUCUAGGACUUCAGUGCUUUGCAUCGCCCACGAAACCUUAACCAACUUCCCAUCUGAACUUUUUGCACACAGAAAUUUUGAAUGCGAUUGAAAGGUAUGACAAGAUCUUCCCUGUGUAUGGGAGAGGCUUUAAUGCAGCUCAAAUACAUUAAAUGCCCAUUGUAAGAUAGAAAGUUUGGAGUAUGAAGAAAGACGGGAGGUGUGAUGUGGAUGUUAUCUUUUAUACAUUGAAAAUUAUGAAUCUCACAAACACUUUCAAGAUAUGUACAUGUGUGGUCAUGAUUUUACAGACCCCUCACAGGACAUGAGGACAACAGUAUAUUUAUUGUGGCCAUGAAUUAAGAAUGUGUUCCCUUGUUCCCUCACUUUAUUAAAAUUUUGGCCACAAAAUAAAAAUUUGUAUUUAUAUCUUAAUUUGUUCCCUCGUUUUUAUAAUCAUGGCAUUAGUACAAAUUGGCCAUGAUGUACUAACACAAGGAAACAAAAUAGUAAAACAUGGCUACAAUUUAUGAAAACGAGGAAACAAGUUAGUAUAACAUGUCAGCAAUUUACGAAAAUAAAGUCGCAAAUUAGUUCAACAUAACCAGAAUUUACGAAAAACAAGGGGACUAUUUUGCACAAUGUGGCUAUGAUUUUCGAAAAUGAUGGAAAACAUUUAUACAGUGUCAUUACAAUUUACGAAAAUGAUGGAACAAAUUUGUACAAGAAAAAAAAAAUCUUAAUUCAUGGGAAACAUUAUUUGUGGGGCUCUGUAUAUUUAAUUCAGAAAUUGUCAAAAAAUAUGUUACAAUACAAAAACAUACUAAAAGUCCAGGCAUAAAAAAAUUUUUUUUUCCUUUUGAUUUAAUAAGAUUCACCCAAACAAAUUUCCAAACAAAGUCAGCGACCAAUCAGAAAGGGAGUUGAAAUUGAACCCCUCCCCCUCUGAACCUGCAGCGCCCUCUACUGCCCCCCCCCCAUGUAAAUGACUCUAAAUAUAUGUUUUGUGAUCUAGUGUUAGAUUCAGAGCAUCAUAAAGGUUGUCCCUAAAAAGUGCCUUUUGUUCACAGACAGCAUCUUGUAAGACUGAGUACCCAUCUCAAAAAAAAAAAAAAAAAAUCCCCUCGUUCAAACUUCUGUAUGUCUCCUCCUGCAACCUCUUCAAAGCAGUUUAUAUAGUACUAAAGGAAAUUGGUGUGACUUAGUUCAUCUUUUUAUUGUUGAAUAAUUAAGAAAACUGUAUAUUAAAAAAAAAACACCUUUCUGUCUUGCUUUUCCUUCCUCUGUAUCUUGUCUUCUGCCUCUUUUGGACACUGGAGUAGUCUAUAGUUGCAUAAGCAUAGCCCUUUUCCCUGUGCCCCUUUUCUCUGAACAGAGGGGGUUUAAAAUAAAAAAAAAUUAAAUAAAUAAAAGUAAGAAAAAAAAAAGUUGUCUGAGCUGAAUGCAGUUAGCUCACAUGUUAUUCUUGUCUGUACGCUUCACGUUGUAUUCAUACCGAUCUCUUCAGCUUCUCCAUUGAACAGUUAAUGUACGUGAACAAGUUACGCCGGUGAGCUCUGGUGGGCCGUCCGACAGACGGGCGUUUCAGCUGGACGUGGUCUGUGAAAACUAGAGAGGCCGACCGUUGGGGUAGAAUAGGCGAGUUUUUGAGCUAUUUAUUUCUUUUUUGUUACCAAAUUCAUUUGAUUUGCUAUGAUCUGUUUGUAUUGAUAUUGCAUUGAGAAUCUGUGUUGAUGAUGCACCUUUGAAUGGUUGUAUGUGACCAGAAAAUAAUAAUAAAAAAAUUAAAUAAAAAAAGUUCCUGGAUAAAGACAAAGCACCUUAGAAACGGACUGGCUUCAGUCCAGGGAAAGCGACCGCGAGCCCAGCGUUACGAGCAGAAGUGAUGCAUGCCACAAAAACCUGAGCGAGACUAAAAUGACCUUAAACUCACCAGCAAAAGCCCACAUCAUGGGGUUAACGAAAACAUGCUUCCUCCAACAAACAAAAUAUGCAAUUGUUUCACUUUCCCGAGUCCUGAUUUAUUAAUAACUGUAAGUGAAAGCCAUAGAAAAGGACAUGUGUUUGGCGCUCUCGUUGUCUCUCCCUGGUACUGACCGUCCAUUUUCUUUCUUUCAUAUUUACUUUUGUACUCUUGUUGAGCGGGGCAUUCAGAUGCGUUUAGAGUAGCAUGAAUCCUCGGCGGCUCCAGCCCUGGUUUAAACUCCUCGAGCGGCGCCCUUCUCAGUCCAAACGCCUUCCAGAGCUCAUGGUGAAAUGCAUGUGUUGAUUACGAUUUCUUUUCCAUAAUAAGAAAAACAAGUAAGAGCAGCACCUUUAACUGAUUGAAUAAAAGGAUGUUCUUGACUGUAA